AUGCCUUCCCUUACCCCUUCAGGUCAUGCUGCCGGUUUGGACAACAAAAAGUCGGAUCAAUCGGCUCUCCAAAUCCACAUUCGUAAAUCUCGCUGCGAGAAAGUAAAUCCCAGUAAAUCCCUCACUCAAGAAAUAUUCCUAUGCACGGUAAGAGCGGCACAUAAGAUCGGUUUAUUCAUUUAUGUUUCUCCAUUGAACAUUUAUGGGGUCUUGAGGGAAUCUUCCGACAUGUCAAUACCGCCAAGUUGUAACUGUAACGCUGCAAUUGAAAUAAUUGGACGAGUCCCACUAUCCCAUAGCGAUCCCCGGAGAUGUUCGACCGCUGUCCCUACAUGCGUCGUUUAA